AGGUUUAUAUGAAAAAGCUCCUUCAUAAUGACUGAUGAUGAGGAAUACGACCGCAAUUGCGUUUGCAGGGAUCUGGAGUCCAUAACAAAAGUAGGCAUUGACACUGAUGGAGAAUUCAAAUAUAUCCUCAUGAAAGUGAAAUGCAGUAAUAAAAAGCAUGAACUGCCUUCUGUUGUCAUCGUUAGGGGAUACAAACGACAUAAUAACCAUACGGAUAUUUUUAAUGAAGUCAAUGAAGAAUUGCAACCAUUAUGUGGUGAUGAAGUCUUGGGCGGUGGUAUCAUCACGCACGAUUCUAACAGCAAGACGAUAAAUAUCUUCGGUAAGUCAGAUACUUACGGCGAAGCUAACCAUGCAGCCACAGCCAGGCUCAUCAGAGAAGCUUACCCUGACUACAAAGUCACGUUUAAUAAUAAAUAAAGAGAAGAUAUUUGGGUACAUAUCUUUAAUAUCUGUGAUUAAAGUCAAGUAUUAUCAAAGCAACUAAGUCAAUUUUACC